UUUCUGACAUUUUGUCCAUUUUUGACUCUUUUUUUGUGCGUUUGUGUGCAGGACGACCUGGUGGCUCUCAGGAGAGUUGUCAAGUCCUUCCUGGCGGUGUGUCAGCAGUGUCUGUCCAACGUCAACACUCCAGUUAAAGAACAGGCGUUCAUGCUGCUCUGUGACCUGCUGAUGAUCUUCAGUCAUCAGCUGGUGUCGGGCGGCAGGGAGGGCCUGCAGCCGCUGGUGUUCAACCCGGACAACACUCUGCAGAACGAGCUGCUGAACUUUGUUCUGGACCACGUCUUCAUCGACCAGGACGACGAGAGCCAGAGCAUGGGUGAGAGGAACUGUGACUUCCUGUUCUUCAAACAAACCUGUCGUCCCGAGGCUGAAGUUG